AUGGUGCGGGGAGGGAAGGGGGUCGCCCUGGGGCUGUUAGAGUCAGGCUUUGAGCCCAGGGCCCUUGGGGCAAGGGGCAUCUCCGAGGCCCCGGGGCUGCGGAGGGAGAGGCCGACACGCCCACCCGUGACGCAGCUUCAACCCGCCUUCCUCCCCAGCCACAGGGACCUGAAACCAGAAAACCUUCUCCUGGACGAGAAGAACAACAUCCGCAUCGCCGACUUCGGCAUGGCGUCGCUGCAGGUUGGCGACAGCCUGCUGGAGACCAGCUGCGGAUCACCCCACUACGCCUGCCCCGAGGUUAUCCGGGGCGAGAAGUAUGACGGCCGGAAGGCGGACGUGUGGAGCUGUGGCGUGAUCCUCUUCGCUCUGCUGGUGGGGGCGCUGCCCUUCGACGACGACAACCUGCGGCAGCUGCUGGAGAAGGUCAAGCGCGGCGUCUUCCACAUGCCGCACUUCAUCCCGCCCGACUGCCAGAGCCUGCUGCGCGGUAUGAUCGAGGUGGACGCGGCGCGGCGCCUCACGCUAGAGCACAUUCAGAAACACAUAUGGUAUAUAGGGGGCAAAAAUGAGCCAGAGCCAGAGCAGCCCGUCCCCCGCAAGGUGCAGAUCCGCUCACUGCCCAGCCUGGAGGACCUCGACCCGGACGUGCUGGACAGCAUGCAUUCCCUGGGCUGCUUCCGAGACCGCAACAAGCUGCUGCAGGACCUGUUGUCAGAGGAGGAAAACCAGGAGAAGAUGAUCUACUUCCUUCUCCUGGACCGGAAGGAGCGGUACCCGAGCCACGAGGACGAGGACCUGCCCCCCAGGAACGAAAUAGACCCCCCCCGGAAGCGUGUGGACUCCCCCAUGUUGAACCGGCACGGCAAGCGGCGGCCGGAGCGUAAGUCCAUGGAGGUGCUCAGCGUGACGGAUGGCGGCUCCCCCGUGCCUGCUCGGAGAGCCAUUGAGAUGGCCCAGCACGGUCAGAGGUCUCGGUCCAUCAGUGGCGCUUCCUCCGGCCUCUCCACAAGUCCGCUCAGCAGCCCCCGGGUGACCCCUCACCCCUCACCGAGGGGCAGUCCCCUCCCCACCCCCAAGGGGACGCCAGUCCACACGCCAAAGGAGAGCCCGGCGGGCACGCCCACCCCCACGCCACCGUCCAGCCCCAGCGUCGGGGGCGUGCCCUGGAGGACGCGGCUCAACUCCAUUAAGAACAGCUUCCUGGGCUCGCCGCGCUUUCACCGCCGGAAACUGCAAGUCCCAACGCCAGAGGAGAUGUCUAACCUGACCCCGGAGUCGUCCCCAGAGCUGGCCAAGAAGUCCUGGUUCGGGAACUUCAUCAACCUGGAGAAGGAGGAACAGAUCUUUGUGGUCAUCAAGGACAAGCCGCUCAGCUCCAUCAAGGCCGACAUUGUGCACGCCUUCCUCUCGAUCCCCAGCCUCAGCCACAGUGUCAUCUCCCAGACGAGUUUCCGGGCCGAGUACAAGUCGACGGGGGGACCAGCCGUGUUCCAGAAGCCGGUCAAGUUCCAGGUGGACAUCACGUACACGGAGGGUGGGGAAGCACAAAAGGAGAAUGGCAUCUACUCCGUCACCUUCACACUCUUGUCAGGCCCCAGCCGGCGCUUCAAGAGGGUGGUGGAGACCAUCCAGGCCCAGCUGCUAAGCACACAUGACCAGCCAUCUGUCCAGCAGUUGUCAGAGACGCCCCCGCCAGCGCCAGGACUGAGCUGGGGCGCUGUGCUUAAGGGCCAGAAGGUGGCCACCAGCUACGAGAGUAGCCUCUGACGCUGGCAGGAAUUAUCCCGAAAAGUUAACAUGUCACCUCCACGAAGCCACCCUCUGCUCCACGCUGGACACUUGUGACGGAAGGCAGCUGCUGCGGACCCUCCCUCCUCUCCUCUCCUGCUGCUGCCGGCUGUGUGGCGAGGCCCUGACCUGCCCUCCUGCCCACCUGCCUGGCUCUGCUUGACUCACAUGGCAGCCCGGCUCUGGGACACCUCCAUCCCACUGGCCCCAAGUCAGACUUCUGGCAGGACUGACGGCCCACAGUGCCGAAGCAGCAGAGACAGACCUGCCCCACCUCCACACCGUGCCGGAGCAGCAGACAGGCCCAGCCAACCGCCACACCAUGCUGGAGCAGCAGAGACAGACCCUGCCCCACCUCCACACCGUGCCAGAGCAGCAGAGACAGACCCGGCCCGCCCCCACACCAUGCCGGAGCCGCCUCGCCUCCGCGUUCACUGUUGCUUUGUUCCAGCGUGUGCCGGAGCCACCUGCCCCGUCUGGUCUGCGCCCCAUCUUCCUGCUGCCUCGUUCUGGGGUUUGGAGGUGGCACCUGGUUUGACGAUCUUCGUGGCAGAGGUGGAAAGAAAGAGACCUGGAGGUGCUAGAGCAGGAAGAGGGCGGCACCUGCCCACCAGGACCCCGCCAGCCAGACGCCCGUCCGUCACCCAGGGCCCGUAUCCUCCUCCCUGGCGGCCGUGCUUCAGGCGGGCUUGACCAGUAUUGCUCACUCUUGAUCAGAGUUUCUUCCCUGUCAGGGAAGGGGCAGAGCAGCACCCUCCUGCCGUCUAUCUGUCUGUCUCCAUGUCACUGGCGGGUGGGGUCUCAGGCCGUGGGGCCUUGGCGGCCGGGCGGGCAGGGAGGCAGGCCGGUGAGCGCAGCGCCGGCAAGCUACUGUAAACUUUAAAGAAUUCCUGCAAGAUAUUUUUAUAGA